GACAGUGGUUUAGCCAUGCAGGGGCCAGUGCGAGUGCUAAUGCCAGUGGUCGGAUGGGUAGCGAACCGUUUUCAAUAGGCAGUCGCCAUAUUUGUUGUUAUCAUUAAAUGGGGGAGAUAGCAAAAACAUAAAUAGCCCUUUCUUGUACGAACUAUUGAGUGAAAGUAUAGAGUGUAUGAUUUUUUCAGUAAUCCAAGUCGAUCCUCCAAGGGGGAUGAAUCAGUGAGUGUUUUUGUGCAAGGGGGCAGCUCUUUGUUUGAAACUGGCGACCGCUGGGGGUAAUAUAGCCGGUGGUGGCAAUGAUGAGCCGCCCGCGAUGCUCGAUUGGGGGGACCGUGAGGGUGACAGGUUCAGUUUCGAAGACUCUGACAGGUUCGAGGAAGAUUCUUUGUGCAGUUGGAGCUCGGAACCAGAAAGCCUUUGCAACAACUGGAGAGGAUGGAAGAAACCUUCUGCUACUUCUACCACUUAUUUUGGUGGCAGCAGGAGAUUUAGUGACCAUCCCCAGGUAGUACCAUCACUUGCGGAACUUUCGGCGAGAUGUGUGGCGUCUCACAUUCCUUUCGAACUCGUAGAACAUGUCUAUCCACCGGUACCGGAACAACUUCAACUUCGCAUUGCCUUUUGGAGUUUUCCCGAUAACGAAGAAGAUAUUAGAUUGUAUUCUUGUUUGGCAAAUGGAUCGGCAGACGAGUUUUCCAGAGGUGAAACCCUGCACAAGACGCACAUGGUUAAAGAUCCUCUACAAAUAGGUUUCCAUUUAUCGGCUAGCGUUCUACAAAGUCCGAGAGGAAUUCACAAUGUUGCAGUCACAUUUGAUAGGAGACGAAUUUCGUCUUGUAACUGCACCUGCAACUCGACCGCGUAUUGGUGCUCCCACAUUGUUGCAGUUUGUCUCACUCGAAUACACUGGCCUCAGUUGGUUACUCUUCGUGCUCCAGUCUCCGAAUCGCUGUCUCGCCUUCAGCGCGAUCAGCUUCAAAAAUUCGCCCAGUACCUCAUUAGUGAACUUCCCCAGCAAAUUUUACCCACUGCCCAACGACUCCUCGACGAACUUUUGGGCUCUCAGCCAUCGGCCAUUAACUCGGUGUGCGGAGCACCUGAUCCAACUGCGGGUGCGUCCGCUAAUGACCAAACGUCUUGGUACUUGGAUGAAAAGACUCUUCAUGAUAACAUCAAAAAGAUUCUGAUUAAGUUUUGUGUACCAGCGCCUAUUGUUUUUAGCGAUGUCAACUAUCUGAGUACAGUGGCACCACCAGCAGCAGCAGAAUGGACGUCACUUCUACGUCCGCUGCGCGGACGAGAACCCGAGGGAAUGUGGAACCUCCUUAGUAUUGUUCGGGAGAUGUUCAAACGAAAUGACCGAAACGCUAUUCCACUUCUGGAGAUUAUCACCGAGGAAUGUCUUGCAUGCGAACAAAUCCUUAUUUGGUGGUUUAACACCAAGGUAGCAUUGCUUAGCGGUAAUUCUGGUUAUGGAGGAACCGGAGGAGGAAAACACAACAACGUUAAUAGUAACACGCAUGCUUCUCAACAUGCCUGCUCGUCGUUGUGUGAUGAAGUAGUUGUUCUUUGGAGAUUGGCAGCAUUGAACCCCGGUCUAGCCCCAACUGAAAGAGACAUGCUACACAACCAGUUCACUACAUGGCAUUUAAAAAUUUUGGAAAAAGUUAGCAAGUGCCGUAACACAACGUCCAGUUCGCAGUCGCAUUACAGUAAAAAUUCAGCAAGUCUAAAGAUGGACUUGGAAGUUUUUACUGGAUUCAAACCAGCUAUAGAAGCUUGUUACCUCGAUUGGGACGACUACCCGAUGCCUGGCAUAACUUACACACAGGAUAUAAAUCCAAUGUAUCACUGUCCCUUUACCUGUUUCAGACAUGGAGCUGAUAGCAGUAGAGGAGAAAGUCAAGUUACUCAGGUAAAUUCCAGUAAAGCUGUUCUAAAUUGUGAACAUCCUCAUAUCCAUACGACACAUUCCCACCACCACCAUCAUCACCACCAUCACCAUCAUUCCCUCAUUAGAGUAACGGCAAGAUAUGAUUAUGUGAAUGUCAUGAGCAUGAAUCCGAUAGAAUUCCCCCCACAUUCCCAACUUAACGAAAGAGAUGGAAAUCGAUCUAGCGUCAGUAGUGAAGGAUUUUGCGAGGUAGACGAUGAUAUGAACCUCCUUCAGGAAAACCGUUUUAACGAUUCCGACUCCCAAGAAGGCGGCGGAAGCGAUUCUUCUAGUAACAGUAGUCAAGAUGGAAGAACGCCGCCCACAGCGCAACAUUCUCUCUCCAGUGACAACGAUACUAGCAAAGAAAAUUAUAAACCAACCCAAACAGUUCCGAUUCCGAACACGUCGGUUUCUUGGACACCCCAACCGCAACGGGUGUCAUCAAGAAGAGACUCGAAAGACGAUUCGACAUCUAGCUCCAACUCAGAUUCUCCGCAGUCCGGAGAUGAAUACAACAUGUACUUUUACAACAGCAAAGACGUUGGUUUAUUAAAUACCAAUCCCCAAAAUAUCCCUAAACUGGAAGAAUCCGAAGAUAAAUCAGGGAUGUUUUCUAGUUUGAAAAAGUGCGACGAUCCUUGGGAUGUCUUAUUUUCUAGGGCGGAAGGAUUGCACGCACACGGGCAUAGUCGGGAGGCUUGCAUCUUGGGUGUUAAAUUGGCCGAAGAACUGUUAAUGAAUCCACCAGAUCUUAUGAUCGAAAUUCCUCCAUUUCCUAAAAAGAAAGGAAAGAAGCAGCAAGUUAAUCCCGCUACCCAUCAGUUGAGCUGUUUGGCGUCUGGCACCCUAUCAAAAUGUGCCUUUUUGUGUUCUGUCUUAGCGGAAAACAGCGAACAUUUCCAUCUAGCGUUUCGAGUGGGCAUGUUCGGCCUAGAAAUGGCUCGACCUCCCGCUAGUACAAAACCAUUAGAAGUUAAACUAGCAAAUCAAGAAGCAGAUUUGGUUAAUUUACUCAAAAGGAUUCCGUUGGGUCAUAAAGAACUUCAAAUUAUUAGAGAAAGGGCUGAGGAGCUCAAAGAAGGUACAUUGCGAUCAAGGGGAGAAGCCAUGUUACCGAUUAUGCUGGCAAGUUUUAUUUUCGACGCUCUAGUUAUUCCAAACAUUACUGGAAGAGAUAGAUCGAAACUUGUCAAUUUGAGAAUGAUGUCCGAUGAACCAUUAGGUUUUGAAGCAGCCGUUGCGGCAUUAGGUUUGAAGGCCAACGUUUCCGAAGCGGACCAUCCACUGCUAUGUGAAGGCACGCGACGGCAACGUGGCGACCUUGCCAUUGCUCUUCUAAUAUUCUACAAAGACGAUUGUUGGAAGAUGGCUAGGAUAAUGGAUAGACUGUUAGAUAAAGAAAUACAUCAGUUAUUGAAAAUGCCUCUAACUAGUUCUUAUUACUCUAGCAAUCCUCCUACAAAGAGCCAGUAUUCGAACUUAAAACGAGAAGACUGUGAUAAAGUAGUUACACCUAUUAGUCCGUUUUUGCCGCCUACCGAAAUGAUACCUACAGAUAUGGCUUGUUGCAGUAGACCUCACAGUUCAACAAGCGCUGAACUAGAACAAGGCAUGAACAACCUGUCUGUAAAUCCCCAACAGGGAACGGUUCAACAAGGAGCCGUUACUAGAACGAAAGAUGGACGUUAUAAAGGCAAGCGAGCAUAUCCCUCAAUUCCAAAUCAACCUUCCGAAGCGGGAGCUCAUUUUAUGUUCGAAUUGGCUAAAACCGUACUGAUCAAAGCCGGCGGAACAAGUAGUACCUCAUUAUUCACACAACCGUCUACAAGUCAAAACCAUCACGGACCACAUAGAGCUCUCCAUAUGUGUGCUUUUCAAUUAGGACUGUAUGCGUUAGGUUUACAUAAUUGCGUAAGUCCCAACUGGUUAAGCAGGACUUAUUCAUCGCAUGUUUCGUGGAUUACAGGACAAGCUAUGGAGAUAGGAGCAGCAGCAAUAUCAUUUUUAAUAGACACAUGGGAGGGCCAUUUGACUCCUCCAGAAGUCGCCAGUAUUGCGGAUCGAGCUUCUCGUGGUUGUGACGAUAAUAUGGUUCGAGCAGCUGCAGAACUUGCAUUGUCCUGUCUUCCUCAUGCGCACGCUCUUAAUCCCAACGAAAUUCAACGUGCUAUUUUACAAUGUAAAGAACAAAGUGAUGAUAUGUUGGAACAUGCAUGCCACACCGUUGAAAACGCUGCUAAAGGAGGUGGUGUCUAUCCCGAAGUACUUUUCCAGGUAGCUAAGUACUGGUAUGAGCUAUAUGUCAGGCAUACUCCUGGAGGUGAUCAAUUAUUGGACAACGAAAUGCCUCAUGAUCCUGUUAUGGACUCGCAUGGAGCCCUGGUGGCUUUAAUUGAACCACCAGUGCAAGCGGAUGUACCUCCCCCGACCCAACCCGUAGUUGUUACUACUGCUCCCCCGCCAUACACGCAUGCCGCUCCCCCGUUGGAAUGUAUGUUAGUCAUUACAAUUUCGUUCCACAUCAUCCCCCCAUUGCUUACGGGGGCCCUCUACACCCCUGCACCCGCAGGCCCCUCCGCCCACCCACGUUCAGAUGUAUCAAUUUCCAUAUCCCCCACCAGCACCACAGCCUGCACCAGCGGCUGCAUUUACUCCGGUGCCUACAUCUUAUGCUACGAUACCGCCACCUCAACAGGCUGCCUUCACAAGUGCACCAUCGCAGUAUGCACAGGCUCCUCCACCACCUACACCCGCCACAGCCGUUUUCGCAGCGCCGCCAGGACCACAGCAAGGAAUACAAGUCCAGGGUUCCCAGCCGCCUCCGGCACAGCAUGUACAGUAUUAUGGACCUACGGUCACGAUUACUCAGUCAGUACAAGCUUUAAGACCCGCUGCACACAUGUAUGCAGCACCUCCUCCGGGUAUGCCUCCUCAUGUUCAACAAGCGAUGCCAAGACCCCACAGGCCUCAUCAAUUUAAUCAAGCACAGAUGAGGUACUUAUUAACAGCCUACCGAGUUGGAAUGUUAGCUCUAGAAACUCUUGCUAGAAGGGUACACGAUGACAGACCGCAAGCAAAAUAUGCCAGAAAUCCACCCUACGGAGAAGACGUAAAAUGGUUAUUGAGGAUUUCUAAACACUUAGGAACCCAAUACCUUCACCACUUCUGCGUAUGUGCAGUUAACUCCAUAGUAAGUCCAUUCGUAUUACACGAUGUAGCAAUCGAAGCUGCCCAAUAUCUCUCUCGAAACAAUCCAAGCCUCGUUAUGCAGCAUCUACGAAAUGCACUUACGCCACUCGUGCAGAAGUGUCAACAGAUGUACAUACAGUGUAUGCACCAGAAAUUAUAUCAUCUCACGUCUGCAGAUUACGAAGAUUUUGUAAGUAUCGUGUGUGCUGCUAGGGCAGCGUUCCAAAUUACCCCUGACGGCUCUACACAAUUCAAGGAAUGGUUGCAGUCAAUAAGAAGGUCAAAAUCUUGCAAGAAGGACCUAUGGACGCAAAUUAACACAGCUCUUCAGGCUAACAACAAAUGACAAAGGCCUGACGUAGGCCAAGCCUCUUCCUCCCACACUUACCAUCGAGCAACGUCUGAAGUUUCAGAAGAACCGGAAAUGUCCCAGCCGCCUCCCACUGCACCACUUCCUUUCAUUUGUAAUUUACCUCAACCAGAGAUGGCUUUGGUGCAUCCGAUUUACAUUGCACAUACUCCUUCACACGCUAUCGUCACUCAAGAUUCUAUUGAAGAGCAACAGCAGUGGUCUACCUCACCGAAUAGUUGAUCGACAUAUGAUGAUAGGGUCGUCUCAGAUACUGUCUAUUUUGAAGAUAGACGGAAAUAUUACGAUAGUGAGAUUAUUUUCCAGGAAAGUGGGCAAGACUGCCAUUAUGAAAGACAAACUGUCUAUACUAAACAGUUUGUAGGAGACUUCUGAAAAGUUUGAGCUUUGCGUUGAUCACAGAAGUAAACUAAAUUGAAAGGGUAGGAUUUUGUUGGUUUUUCGUUCACUUUUAAUUCUUGACCUAUUUCAAUAAAGUCCGUUUACUUUUCAAAAUGGAGGAAGAACCUUUAUGUAGAUAGUAUUUCAAUUUUCGUCUUAAAAUAAUAUAUAAAAAUUUGUUUCACUAUUUUAAAUCAGUUGUGAACUUCCGCUGUUGAAUGAUUUUUAUUAGUAUUAAAUAAUGUUCUAUUGUUUUUUU